CCAAAUUGUGUAUUCUUAAACUUUCUUUUAUUACGCGUUUUAUAACAUUUUCUAAUAAAAAAGUUUGAAUACCAGAAUAUGUAUCAAAUGCCGUUUUUAAUCUGGUUUGAGCCCAUUUUCCGGAACAGCCCGUUCAGCGGAAGUUCUGUCAGAGUUGAAAGGUAAUCAAAGUUGGUCAGAGGCACUGUAAGCUAGCAGCAGGAAAAGCUUUCACAAGGUAAAAGAAUAACAAUGUCAGCGACAGAAGAAAACACAGAGGCCAUUCUUCCAUGCGUGCUGGUCACUAGUUGCGACAGCGAGUUUAAAGAGGAAGCAUUGAUAAAACAAAUCCUCAACUCUGAGAUCUUGCCUCAGCCAACCAAGCAAGAGGGAACAGUGGCUUGGUUUCCUUGGACCAUAAACAACAAAUAUUAUACGGCAGAUGUCAGACUGUGUGCUGUGCCAAGUACCACUCAAGUGACAUCAGAGAUUGCCCAGUCCAUGCAGGCUUUUAUUGCAUACUUUGACAGCAAAGUGAAGGAUGGGAUGGAAAAGCUAAACCCGUGGAUUCCAGUGGUUGAAGAUCUUGCACCAGAGGUGCUCAUUAUAGUGUGUGACAGAGUCAGCGAAAACGGAGUCACCAGACAUGAAGCACAACAGUGGUGUUUGGCUCAUGCCUUUGAGCUUGUGGAACUCAACCCUCAGGAUCUGCCAGAUGAAGAUGAUGAUUUUCCAGAAUCCACAGGAGUAAAGCGAAUUGUGCAGGCUCUGAAUGCUAACGUGUGGUCCAGUGUGGAGAUGAAGGACGGUCACAAUCAAGGAUUUGGUCUAAUGAGCAGUUUGGUGGCUUCUAGACACAACAACCCACGCAGCUGUCAGGAUUCACCAGAGAUGAAAGAUAAAGCCUCUUCGUUGCCACAUGAGCAGAGGAAAGUUCAUGCAGAAAAGGUAGCAAAGGCAUUUUGGAUGGCCAUUGGUGGCGAUGAAGAUGAGAUAGAUGGGUUAUCAUCGGGUGAGGACAGCUAAAGGCAGCUACCUGUGGCUCAGUCUCCUUCCUCCUGAUCUUCCUGCCUUUCCCAGGGCUCACACAGGACUCAGCGCCCUUUGACGUCCCAUUUGGACUUGGAAAGUGGAGAUGCCUACAGAUGGUACUGUAGGCAUGGAUAGUUAGAAACUUUUGAUUCUUAUAAUGAAAUGAUCAAUGUAUUUUUUAAAGAAAUAUUGGAUAUCCUGUUUUUAGGAGAAGUCACUGAGUGGCCAUGAUUCCCAGCCAUCUUCCCUGGGUCCCCGCUAUAUUUUUGUCCCCUGCAAACAUCAGUACAUGAUGGUGGACUUUGAUGUUUAUGUCUAUAGGUAGAGUGGGCAUGUGUAUUUCUGUUACAUAUGUGCCUUAUACUUUGAAGAGUUAUAAGAAGUUUCAUGCAUACUCAUUUGAAUCAGCAUAGAAUCAUGUAAUUUAUGUUCAGUGUAUUCAUAGUAAACACGGUCCCAUGACAUUGAGGCUUUCUGUCCCCUUAUUCCAAUAAAAAAGUGGUGUAGUAGUGCUGAAUGAGAAAACCUCUGCAAUAAUUAAAAUGACCAUUUAAGACAUUUUUGCUGUGUUGAGUGCAUCUGUCAUGCUUCAUGAGUGCAGGAGCUGAAAUGUCCGUUUAAAAUUAAUUCACUUACACUUCAUCACAAUCUUCAGCCUGUAAAGUUAUUCACUGUCAGUUUUCCUCUCUGUUUAAGGGGGGGAGUUCCAAUUCUGGUUACUGAUUAUUGAAAAAAACAAAACAAUCCUUUUUUAUUCCUGUUUC